AUGAUUAAGCAAUCACCAUUCUUGCUUUUCUUCUUGCUCACACUAGCUGUUUUCGCAGCAGCACUUGAACCGCCACCCGAAGAAGACCCCAUUUUCGAACUCUACAUGCACGAUAUACUUGGAGGAGGCAGCCCCACGGCGAGACCAAUCACAGGUUUGCUCGGCAACAUCUACAACGGUCAAGUUCCUUUCGCUAAGCAGAUUGGUUUCACUCCUCCCGAAAACGGUAUAGCCGUACCCAAUGCAAACGGCGCCCUCCCGACCGUUAACGGUAUCAACGGUGUACCUCUAGGGACAGGCUUGUCCGGUACAGCUUACUCUGGUCAGAACCUGAACGGGAUUCAGACUCAACUGGGUCCUGAUGGUUUGAGUCUCGGGUUUGGCACAAUCACGGUCAUUGAUGACAUACUCACAUCUGGUCCUGACUUGGGUUCGCAGCCGCUUGGUAAAGCUCAAGGAGUUUACGUUGCAAGUUCUGGAGAUGGAAGCACGCAGAUGAUGGCUUUCACGGCUAUGCUUGAAGGUGGAGAGUACAACGACAACCUCAACUUCUAUGGAAUUUACAGGAUCGGAAGCGCCAUGUCGCAUCUGUCAGUGACUGGAGGAACAGGUAGGUUCAAGAACGCUUGUGGCUUUGCCGAGGUCAGGCCUUUGAUUCCAUCUGGUCAGCAUCAAGUGGACGGUGCAGAGUCUUUACUAAGGAUCAUUGUCCAUCUAAAGUACUAA